AUGGCGCACCUUUCUACCUAUGGCGCCGACUUCUCGGUGACCAAGAAAAAGGCCCUCGAGGAUGCGAAGAAAAUGCAGGUGGUUGUCGAAGAUGAAUGCCACAAGGCCGAACAAGAGGUGCCUCCGUAUCGACUCAAAGAGCUGAUCGGCAAAGGGAGCUUCGGCCGUGUCUACAAGGCUUCAGAUCUGAAAACCAGUCAGUUGGUUGCCGUGAAGAUCAUUGACAUCGAAGAGUCUGAUACUCUGAAUCCGAAGCUGGCAGACACAUACUCAGAAUUCCUGAAGGAGAUCAAUGCGCUUAAGCUACUCAGCGAGGGUGGGGCAAAGAACAUCAACCACGUCCUGGACGCGCUACCAGUUGGACAGUCCAUGUGGAUGGUCACCGAAUAUUGUGCCGGCGGAAGUGUGGCCACUCUGAUGAAACCGACAGCACCCGGCGGACUCCAAGAAAAAUGGAUAAUACCCAUCCUCAGGGAGGUUGCUGAGGCCGUCUCGUGGGUCCACAAAGCCGGAAUCAUCCACAGAGACAUAAAAUGUGCCAACGUACUUAUCACCGAAGGAGGCGGCGUCCAGCUCUGUGAUUUCGGAGUUUCUGGCGUCAUCGAAACAAAGUUCGACAAACGGUCCACCUUUAUAGGAACACCCCAUUGGAUGGCACCAGAGUUGUUCGACCCUUCGGCCUCGUAUGGUGUCGAGGUGGACAUCUGGGCUUUUGGGUCCAUGGUCUUCGAGAUAGCAUCGGGCCUCCCUCCGAACGUCAUGGCAGGCAUCGAUAUCACCCAGCUGGGCGGCUAUCUCAAGCAGAAUACCCCAAGGCUCGAGGGAAACAAGUAUUCGGAAAAGUUGAAGGAUUUGGUCUCAUUCUGCCUGGUGGAAGAUCCGGCGCACAGGCCUACCAUCAACGACGUGCAGCGGCAUCCUUAUCUCCACAAUACCAGUACAACACACCCUACAUCCUCCUUAGCUAUGCUGGUCAGGGCCUUUCGAGUCUGGGAGUCUCAGGGCGGGAGUCGAAAAUCCUUGUUUGCCUUUGGCGGCGCCCAAGGGCCGUCCGGGCCAGACCUGUCAUCUACAGCCAUGUCGAAUGACGAAUGGAACUUCAGCACAACACUUGCGUUCGACCAGCGCAUAAUGAAUAGCACGGAUGCUCAAGCUGUCUACGACGUCUAUGGGUCCAACGUAGACCUUAUAGACCCCGCUGAGCUCACUCCUCAGCCGUACAGGCCGAAAAGGCGACGGCCGCCACCGAAUCUUCCCGUGAUGAGAGCACCGCUAGAAAAGAUAUUCGACCCCAACACCAUUUCAAGCUACAAUGAGAACGCUCGAGCGUAUUAUGGGAAGCCGCCCUCGCCGCCUGCGGCAGACUUCACUUCAGAUCUUCCGUUACGAGACAGCUCACAUAACGCGACCCUAAGAGAAUCAUUGAUUGAUCUCGACGCUUCGCUCCACGGCAGCGAUCUCUCAAGAUUCGUCGAUAUGAACACUGUUAGGGCCGGUCGACGAUCUAACGAAUACGAUUUCGGGGAAGACUAUACCAGAGCCCCAAAUAGCGACCCGGAAACAGUCCUGGCCGCAACCAACAGGAAGACACAAGACUGGAAAUUUCCUGCCAUGGUACCUCCAGCUUCCGCGAGUGCAGAGAUGUCUCAUUUUCCCUUCAACGAGGAUCGCAACAGCAACCCUCCUGACUCUGCUAGUGAUUGGAUGUUUCCCGCACCUAGUGAUCGCCAACCGGUUUCGGCGAGUGAGUGGAAGUUUCCAGAGCCUGGCGGUCGCCCUCCACUGCUUCACCACCCCACAGAGCCACUGGGCUCUUCUCCAGGCUACAACGAUGGCCUCUUGGUCCCCCGAGCGGCUUCACAAAUGGACAACCGUGCAUCGGUCAGCAGUUUGAUUGACCUGGAUGAGAGUCUUCCGGAUCCCAUCGCACCGGGGGACAUAGUCCGUCCAUCAACUGCUAACUCAGACGUCGGAUCCGAGAUUGGCGGGGCUUUCGAUCUAGAGAGGCAUACUUCAUACUAUCCAUUGCCGUCCACGAACCGUGAGCCGUCAAUUUACAUCUCGGAUGAAUCAGACUUGGGCGGGUUGGCGGGCCACCGGCAGACCAGAAGCAUCAACAUGAUGGGCGGCAUUCCCGAAGUGGACGAACGGCAACGCAGGAAUACGGGCGCCUUCAUUGACGACGCACAUCUUUAUUCCGGGGACGAGUACAAUGGAAGUGAGGACUAUAUGAUGACAGGGUCCUCCACGGCGACCCGCUCUCAGACCAGCUACCAGCACGGUCGUGGCCCCAGCGGGGACUCGGACUACACCAUGACGGGUUCAACAGUGAGGACUCCGUCAAUGUCGUCCAUGAACUCGGCAUAUCAAAGAGACGGCAUGGCAAGUGCUAGUGACGGUAGUCUACUGCCACCGUUACCGGCACCGCCUUCGGAACGGGUAAUGAUGGGGGAGGGAGGGGAGCUAAUGAGGGAUGAAUUCUUGAAGCUGCUCGAGGGCAUGACAAGCCACCUCAGCUUUACAGGAGAGUUUGUUGGGAACCUGCCGGUCAGGAAGUCCGGUCGGGGGCAGGAAAACCAAAACGGACAGUGA